UGAAUAGCAUAUCUUUUUAUUUGACCACCUUCUCCAAAAUAAAGGCUUGAUCCUACAUUAUAACUGUAGCCACAGUAUCAGGACAUCCCAAACUAACAGUAUGGACUUUCCUGAUGAGAAGGGAGAUGAUCAACCCAAGGACAGUGUUCACAAGUCUAUGGCACUUGUGCAGACGGACGGCGAAGAUGAUGCCUCUGUAGUUUCAGGACAGAAAAACACAGAAGAGGAGUUUGCUGGCGCACUUCUUGCUCAAGCUCAUUCACUUUGGACCACUGAUGUUAAAGGCUCGGUCAAACUGAGAAUAGAGGAAGGAUGCUCACAGGAACCUGUCACAGUUCACCAAAUGUUCAGAGCCUCAGUGGAAAAAUAUGGAAACAUGCACGCGCUUGCUAGCAAGAAGGGGAAUAAAUGGGAGAAGAUCACUUUCUCAGAGUACUAUCAGUUCUGCCGGAGAGCAGCCAAGAGCUUUAUAAAGCUUGGUUUAGAGCGAUUCCAUGGAGUGGCAAUACUAGGAUUCAAUUCAGCAGAAUGGUUCUUCUCCGCGGUCGGUGCCAUCAUGGCGGGGGGGACAAUGACAGGAAUUUAUGCCACAAACUCACCAGAAGCUUGUCACUAUGUGGCGAGUGACUCCAAAGCCAACAUUAUUGUGGUGGAAAACCAAAAGCAACUGGAUAAGAUCCUGCAGAUUCGUGACCGACUGCGUCAUUUGAAAGCCAUUGUGCAGUACAGAGGACAGCCGCUGCAGAGGAUCUCCGGUCUUUACUCUUGGGAGGAGUUCAUGGAGCUGGGUCUGGAUGUUUCUGAGAAAGAGCUGGAUGACAUUGUCGGCAGCCAGAGAGCCAACCAGUGCUGCAUCCUGAUUUAUACCUCUGGCACCACGGGCAAGCCCAAGGGAGUCAUGCUCAGUCAUGACAACAUCACAUGGACUGCCAAUCAUGCCAGCAGGGCUGGAGACAUGCAGCCGGCCGACACUAAACAGGAGUCACUGGUGAGCUAUCUGCCUCUGAGCCACAUCGCCGCUCAGAUCUAUGACCUGUGGAAGGGUAUCCAGUGGGGUGAGCUGGUCUACUUUGCACAGCCAGAUGCUUUAAAGGGAAGCCUGGUAACAACUCUGCGAGAAGUUUGUCCUACAUCCCACAUGGGUGUCCCACGUGUUUGGGAGAAAAUGAUGGAGAAGAUGAAACAGGCAAUUAGUGAGUGUGGAUAUGUGAAAAAGAAACUGGUGACAUGGGCAAUGUCAGUCAGUCUGGAAGCCAAUCUUAAGUGUUCACUAAAGGAUGAUGAGAAACCAUUUCUCUUCACUCUGGCUGACAGCCUUGUGCUGCAGAGGCUCCGGGCUGAGCUGGGCCUGUCCUGCUGUCAGAAGUUCUACUCUGGAGCAGCACCGAUCGGUAGUGAAACGGUGCAGUUUUUCCUUGGUCUGAAUAUCCGCCUGUAUGAGGCGUAUGGCAUGAGUGAGAGCACGGGACCUCACUUUAUGUCAGGUCCCAAAGGUUACAAACUGCCAAGCUGCGGUAAGGUUGUACCCGGCUGUCGGUACAAAAUGGCCAACGUAGACUCUGAGGGGAUCGGCGAAAUUUGCUUUUGGGGACGUAAUGUUUUCAUGGGUUUCCUCAAUAUGGAGGAUAAAACAAGAGAAGCUUUGGAUGAAGACGGAUGGCUGCAUUCUGGAGACCUGGGGAAGAUAGAUGAGGAGGGGUUCUUGUACAUCACAGGUAGAAUAAAAGAGCUGAUCAUCACAGCAGGAGGGGAGAAUAUUCCCCCUGUUCCCAUCGAGGAGGCAGUGAAGAUGGAGCUGCCUAUCAUCAGUAAUGCCAUGCUCAUUGGGGACAAGAGGAAGUUCUUGUCCAUGCUUUUAACACUGAAGUGUUGCAGCAAUCCGGACACCAUGGAGCCAACAGAGGAGUUAAGUACGGAGGCUGUAGAGUUUUGCCGACAACUAGGCAGCCAAGCAACCAAGGUGUCUGACAUCAUGGGAGGAAAAGACAAAGAGGUGUACCGGGCCAUUCAAGACGGAAUCAACAGGGUCAACUCUGCAGCCACCUCCAAUGCCCAACGCAUACAAAAGUGGACUAUUCUAAGAAAGGACUUCUCUGUUUCUGGAGGAGAGCUGGGUCCCACAAUGAAGCUCCGUCGCCCCGUUGUGUUGGAGAUGUACCACACGGUCAUAGAGAGCCUCUAUCAAGAGCAGUGAAGAAAUGACUGUGUAGCUGUUAGUAUGACAAUCACUUGCAUAUUUCAUCAUUCUUGUGGACGCACAUGGAAUUUAAUUAUAUCUAUGUCUUAUGUUCAGAAUCCAUAAAUAAUACAGGAACCAUAUCUAAUUGUUUAUAAUAUUUAAGAGGAAACCAAGUUUUAAAUAGUGACUAACACUGAGAAAAGCAAAGUCACAGCAUUAUGAUGCAUCUUCUUAUUGGCUGAAAUAUUUGUUUUUAAUUCAUAUUUGUCUCUGGUCAACCAUUUAUUUUUACUUAAUCAGUUGCAUGACAGGAUCUUAUCCAGUAUUUUGUUUAAAUGUUAUGUGGUAUUCAUUAUAUAAUUCAUAGCAAUCUGGAUUACAUGCUCCUAACAUUCACCAGGAAUCUAAUAAUGAGGGUCAUCAUCAUCAUGACAUCUGAGACGGUUGCAGACAACAACUAGUAAUUUCCAUAACAUAUAAAUAACAAUAAAAAAAUCUGGCAUUUCUGAUGUCAUUGCAAUAUUUAUUUGUCUUUACACAUUCAUAUUUGCAGAAACAAAAACAGCAUGACAUGAGAGAAAGAGUGCAAAACAUCUGCAUGAUUCAUGUUACAAGAAGCCUGAUUAUCAUAUCAUUAAAGCUUCAAUACAUGUUUUUUUUCCCACAAUAUGAAUGUGAAACAUAUUCAGAAACACUAUUGAAGAGUUUUACUUGUUGAUUUGGAGCGUUUGAUCAUGGAGAUUAUGGAUUGUGUUUUUUAUGUCAAAAAUAAAAUUGUCAAUCACAUUAAAUGAGGCCAAAUUUAGCCAAUAAAUAGACAAUAUCCACCAGAGAUUAAAUACUUAAGGAAUAAAAUGCAUAACACUUAUACAGUAACUGUUGGUCAUAACUUUUAAGAGUGCUUUGGAGUGUGCAGGGGGAAGAAUAAAUAUUUUAGGACCUCUACAGGUAUGUGUCCAUAUAGCGUUUUUUCUG